UUAUUUAUUUAUUUAUUUACAACAGUUAAGUCUCUUUUAGGAGCAUAACUGCAGUUAAAAAAUUUAGAUUUUUUAAUAUACUUAAUAUACAUUUCUGAAAUUAUUACUAUGUAUUUAAAUUUUUGUGGUUAUGUCUAGGUUAAAUUGGAUGUUUCUGACGGAGUGAAAACGCAUCGAAAACGAUAAGAAGCGCCUUGAUUUUCGGUUCUUUGUAAUAAAACACUUUUUUUAAUCAACUACUGGUCGAUAAUUUACUAAUUACUCUUUUCUUGGGAUUAAUUGAUGGGAUUACUUUAGGGCUCAAUUCUCUAUAAUUUUAUGAGAUUGGAUGAAAUUUGUCAGUGUAAAAUGUUUCAAGAAUACUAAAUUAUCGUAUUUGAUAAGUAAUGUUACUCUAUUUAAACGUAUAAUAAAAAAAAAUAAAUAUUAUUAUUAGUCUAAAUAACCUUGUCGAUUCAAUUGCUUGAAAAUUAAAAUUAAAAAAAAAUAUUGUUAGCCUUAAAUUUCCAAUAAUGAAUGUCGGUGAAUCACAAAAUUUUCAACAUUUACUCCUGGAUCAAGUUUUUUUGAAGGGUAUACAACAAAAUGAACAGCUGCGAAAAGUAUGGACAGCUUACAGAAAUGGUCAUUUGAAAGUUUCUGAAGCAUUACAAGUUUUUCAAAAGGAUGUACAUGUAAAUUGCAUGGUUCCGAUUGGAAAGCGAGCACUAAUGAAAGGAAAGCUAGUUCAUACUAACGAGGUUUUAGUUUGCUUGGGCGACGGUUAUUUUGUCAAGUACAGUGCUUCUGGUGCAGAAGCUUUGUGUAAACGAAGAAUACAAGGUAUCGAUAAACUAAUUAAAUUAAAUUUUACGAUUGCAAAUACAAUUUACAUAACGGUGAUGUUUCGUGUAGAAGCGGAGGAAACAUUGAAAAACCUAGACAUGGAAAGAGAUUUGUACGAAACUAGAAUGGCUAUAAAGGAAAGUAAUCUUUUUGAAGAUUGUUCCAGCAGAGAAAUUGUAGAACAUUGGAACAAAGAUCAAGUGGAAGAAUGGAAAAAGAAACACAGAGUAAGUGAGAGGGAGUACAAUAAAAAACUGGCAAAACUCAGACAAGAGGAACAAAAGAAGAUCCAGACGGAGGAAGAUCUAUUUCAUAGGCUCGAUCAGCUGGAAAUUGAGGAAGAACUGGCUGAUGAAUUUAACAGACUGGAGGAUGAAAGAUACCAACUCCUUGGAGAGGAAUCCUACAAAGAAGGAGAAGAAGAAGAAGAAGAAGAAGAAUUAGAAGAAGAAGAAGAAGAAGAAGAAGAAAAAGAAGAAGAAGAAUUAGAAUUAGAAGAAGAAGAAGAAGAAGAAUUCUAUGAAGAAGCUGAAAGUUCUUCAGAAAGUGAGAAGGAAGAUUCUAAACAAAAUGAGACACCUAUUUCCACUUCUGAAAGGAAUAAAAAAGAAAUUGGACAAUGCAAAGUAAGAAAAUCAGUUUCGUUCGUGGAUCAAGAAGAUCUAGUAAAUAAAGAAGUUAAAAAUACAAUAAAAGGAAGAAAAGAAAGCGAGGACAUAGAAGAUUUGGAGGAAGAAGUUCUUAAAAUAGAAUUUAGUCAUUCUGAAAACAAUGCAGUUACUAAAUCGGACGACGAUUCUAUUAAAACACCUGCAGAUAUUUGUAGAACAUUUUUAAAAGCCAAAUCUAAUUUGAAGAGGUCUCCUAACGAUAUUCCUGUUAAAAUUGCUUCUCCUGAUUAUAGUACAGAAGAAGAAGAUGAUGAAGAAGCGUGCACGAAAUAUUCUACUUACGAAACGGUGGUGAAAGACAUUAAAGAAAGAGAUUUGUCUCUGAAAGUAGAAGCUUCGAAGGUAGAUGAAGAAACUAGACCAGUGAGUAGAUUUAAAAAAGAACGUAAAUUAAAAAUGUAGUAAUUUAAAAAUGUUGUACAAUUGCUU